ACGAGGAUGGGAUCUUUUCGAGGGGCGUAACCGCGCCUGCAACUUUACUACGCCAUGAGCUGUAUCGGGCUCGCUCCGCCGCCCCCAUUCUUGCCUGUACCCGGCCGCCCUCCUGUUCCCUGGCCGCAAUGGUACCGGAUGUUCGAGAACUUUCUGCUGGCAUCAGGAGCAUCCGACUUCAAGCCCGAACGUCGCAAGGCCCUGCUGAUACACAGCCUCGGCGUUGAGGGUCAACGUAUCUUCUCCAGCCUACUGCUUACGUCGGAUGCCGCCCAGAGCGGUAAUCGCUGCUGCCCAUGAAGCUCAUCCUGGUAUUGUUCGAACAAAAGCUCGGCUACGAGAACGGUACUGGUGGCCAGGCAUGGACAGGCAAGUGGAGCUUUCCAUCCAGAACUGCAGCAUAUGUCAGAUGGCUGACAAAAGUACGAAGACUGCUGCCACCCCUUUGCAGCCAGUACCCCUGCCAGAGCGUCCAUGGCAGAAGCUUGCUGUUGACAUCGUCGGCCCUAUAGAGAGAGCCCCACAUGACUGCAGAUAUGCCAUUACGCUCAUCGACUAUUUUUCCAAGUGGCCAGAUGUUCAAUUCUGCAGUGAAGUAUCCUCCCGCACAGUCGUCAACUUUUUGCUUCACGUGUUCGCCCGUGAAGGCUAUCCGGACGUGGUGGUCUGCGACAACGGGCCCCAGUUCUCAUCUAGGGAGUUCAUUGAGUUCCUCAAAGAUCGCGCCAUCCGCCUUGUGCACUCUUCCGUUUACUACCCCCAAGCGAACGGACUAGUCGAGCGGUUUAACCGGGUCUUCAAGAAUUUUGUGCAGGUCGCUAUGCUGGAACAGCGUCCGCUUCGCCAAGCAGUUACAGAGUAUUUGGGCAUAUAUCGCUGCACGCCACAUGCCACUACGGGAGUUCCACCGUCUGUUCUCCUACACGGACGGCGACCGAGAACACGCCUUGACGUUGUGGGUCACCCGUCACCAGCUUUCUUCAGCGAUCCUGUUUCCGAACUUCAUCGUCUGCGCCAACGAGUUAAGAGCAAGCAAGACUACAGCAAAGAGUACACAGACCAUCGCAGGGCCGCGAAGAAGACAACAGUGUCUGUUGGUGAUUACGUUAGAAUAAGAAAACCUGGAAUAUCGGUUAAGGGAGACCUCGCGUUUAGCCACCCGAGAAAGGUAAUCAGUCAACAAGGUCCAUCAACGUUUCGGCUUGAUGAUGGACGAACCUGGAACGCGUCGAAGCUAUCCAGGGUACCUGCAGCUUCAGCCACAUGGAAUCAGCCGCAUAAUGCUGUUUCCGAACCCGUGACUCCGUCGUCGGCAUCUCGGCAAUCCAACGAUUACGCCUCAACAGCUCGUCCCGAAGCCUCACCAGCUACGCCCACGCUACGAGCUCCAGCGUCAGCUAUGCCGGAUGACCGUGUGCUUCAACGUCGGGUCCAACCACCGAGGAACAGAAGGCCUCCAGAUCGAUACCGGGACCACAUGUAGCUUGGGUGCUAGGUGCAGACGGGUGCAGUGUCAGAACUUGAGUGCUGCACGAACUAUGUGCACAUGCCUGUGUUUCUGCGAGCAAUUUGACGUUUUUGCUUUGUCUUUUUGGCGUUGCUUGUCCUAGGCCAUGCUGUAUAAUUAUUCCAUACAGUAUUAUUAAUGUUGAGCACAUGACAUGUAUAGUGAAGAUAAUUGUAAUUAAUUGCAAAUACUGUAUAUAUGUGUAACAACACUAAUCUAUUAUUAGUUACCUUGUUCUUGUAACUUGUUGCCUUGUUCUUGUAACUUGUUGUUCUUGUUACCUUGUUCUUGUAAGGAGGG